AUGACUUCACAACAAGUUCAUGUAAAUGAUUCCAUACCGAAAUUAUUCACUAAUGAGGAAGAUAAGACCGACGAAGUAUUAGCUACGUUUACAGAAUUGAAAAAAUGUACAUAUUCUAGCAAGAAAUUGGGGAAUUCUAAGAAUAAUGAUUUUAUUGAAUGUGAUUGUUAUGAGGAUUCCACUAAUGGCGUCAAUCAUGCAUGUGACGAAAACUCUGAUUGCAUUAAUAGGUUGACUUUGAUUGAAUGUGUGAAUGAUUUGUGUUAUUCUUGUGGUAACGAUUGUCAAAAUCAAAGGUUCCAAAAAAGUCAGUAUGCAGACAUUUCCAUUUUUAAAACGAAGAUGAAGGGCUACGGUGUGAGAGCCAAUGCUGACAUUGAAACUAAUGAAUUUAUCUAUGAAUAUACGGGUGAAGUCAUUGAUGAAGAAAUAUUUAGAGAUAGAAUGAUUGAAUAUGAUGAAAAAAAGUUCAAACAUUUUUAUUUCAUGAUGUUACAGAAUUGUGAAUUUAUUGACGCAACUUUGAAAGGGUCUUUGGCAAGAUUCUGUAAUCAUUCUUGUAACCCAAAUGCAUAUGUGAAUAAAUGGGAAGUUGCUGGUAAAUUAAGGAUGGGGAUUUUUGCUAGUAGGAAAAUCAUAAAGGGUGAAGAAAUUACCUUUGAUUAUAAUGUGGAUAGAUACGGUGCCACAGCCCAAAAAUGUUAUUGUGAAGAACCUAACUGUAUAGGAUUUCUUGGUGGCAAGACUCAAACAGAUGCUGCUUCAUUACUACCACAAAGCUAUGCAGAUGCAUUGGGUAUUAAAGUUUCUAUGGAGAAAGAAUGGAUUAAGAAGAUGAAAGAAAUUGGUGUGAAGAUAAAGAAACACGCUAAUGAUGCUAACAACAAUGUAAACAUUGAUUUUGUCGAAUCCAUUGAUAUUCAACCAUGUCAAACUCCAGAUGAUGUAAGAAAAGUUAUGAGUGUCCUAUUACAAGUAGAUAAUGAAUACAUUGCAUUAAAAUUGUUUCAUCGUUUAUACUCCAUUGAAGAUGAAAUUCUUUUACAUCAGGUAAUUAAAUUACAUGGGUACAUUUGUUUUGCCAAAUUACUAAAGACAUUUGCCGAUGAGAUAAACACAGAGGAAGAAAUAUUGGAAUUAUUAGAAAGGUUGCCGAAAACAACAAAAAAUGGUAUUACGUCCUCCCAAAUUGAUACGCAAGUAUCCGAAUUAUCUGAAGAAAUACCGUCCUUAAAGGAGCAAUGUGACAUGUUGUUAAAUAAAUGGGAUAAGUAUGAAACGUAUCGUAGAAUUACAAAGAAAGAUAUCAGCGAGUCAUCAACCAACAGAAUGAUUGAUUUAAGAAGGAUAAGAUUACCAUUAGGCUGGGAAAUUAUAUAUGAAAAUGGACGUCCAAUAUACUUCAAUGCUCAAAGGCAAAUAAAGUUAAACGAACCACCAACAGAAGAACAUAAUGUUAUGAAUGAGAAAACCAAUAAUAAUAAUAACGAUGAUGAUGAUAUUAAGAGACAUGGGGGUAGCGUACAAUCUCAUGACUUGUUAAGAAAUAAAAGGCGGAGGGAGCAUCUUGACAAUUUUGUCAAAAAACAGAAGAACGGCAGUAAAUCUGACCCUUGGCAAAGAUCAGGAUCGAAAUCCAAUGAUCUUAUCGAUGAUCCUUGGCGUCCAAGAAGAGGUGGGUCUUCGAAUAGAUCUUUGGAUUCAAGUUUUCAAGAAGAAAAAAAAUUUUCUACUCCACCACAAUCCUCAUUAGAAGAAACUGUUAGUAAGAACAAUGAUGAAUUAUUACGAAUCAUUGAAGAGGCAAAUAAACAGAAGGAACAAGAGAGAGAAGAAGAACUUCAAAGAGAAAGGGAAAAAGAGGAGAAACGGUUACAAAGGAAAUCUAAAUCUCAAGUUAAUGUCUCUGAACAUAAAUGGAACAAGUUUUUCGCUAGUUUUGUCCCCAAUUUGGUUCGUAAAAAUGUAGUUGGUGUUAAAUUGAGUCAUGAUCACAUAAAGGAAUGUUCUAGGGAUAUUGUUAAGAUAUUGACCAGUAAAGAGCUAAAGAAAGAUGAUGCCAAAAGUCCACCAGAAGACCUCACGAGGGAGAAGAAGAAGAAAACAAACAGUUUUGUGAAAGUAUACAUGGAGAAAUUCAUCGAAAAAUAUAAAAGCAAGAAGCAUUCGCAUAAGCAUUAA